GCUUGGCAGCAGGUGAGGGCGCAGCAUCACCUCCUCGCUGUGUUCACAGACGCAGAGCGGCGGAGGAGCGGAGCGGAGCCAUGGGAAAGCUUCAGGAAUUUGACAUCACUUUUACCAACAAUAAGGUGGUUUACGGUCCUGGGGAGUCUAUAAGCGGAACUGUGAAGAUAAAAACCGGCAGUUCGCUGCAGUUUAAAGCCAUCAAGGUGAACUGUCAGGGCUCGUGUGGGAUCUCCAACAAAGUGAACGACAACUCAUGGACUCUGGAGGAGCAGUACUUCAACAGCACACUGUCGGUUGCUGACAAAGCAUCUCUGGCGGCAGGCGAACACAGUUUCCCUUUCCAGUUUGUCAUUCCAGUCGCCGCCCCGACUUCCUUUGAAGGCCCCUUUGGCAAGAUUGUUUACCGUGUGAGGGCGGCUAUUGACACGCCCCGCUUCUCUAAGGACUACAAAGCCCAGAGGCCCUUCUACCUACUCAAUCUGCUCAACCUCAAUGAGGUGCCUGACAUUGAGCAACUGAGUUACGCUGUGACCACUAAGAAGUUCAGCUACCUCCUGGUGAAGACGGGGACGCUGAUGUUGAAAGCUCACAGCGACCUCAGGGGUUACAUCCCCGGACAGGUCAUCAAGUUAGCCACUGAGAUCCACAACAAGUCUGGGAAGGACACAGGAUGUGUACUGGCCAGUCUCAUACAGAAAGUGACCUAUAAGACCAAGCGGCAUGUGUUCGACCUGCGGACCAUCGCUGAGGUGGAGGGAGCCGGGGUGAAAGCAGGAAAACAUGCAGAGUGGAGGGAGCAGAUCAUCGUCCCUCCUCUUCCUCAGUCAGCGCUGGCCGGCUGCAGCCUCAUAGAUAUCGACUAUUUCAUUCAGGUGUCACUAAAGUCUCCAGACGCAGUCGUCACUCUUCCCAUCUACAUCGGGAACAUUGCUGUGAACUUGUCUCCAUCAAGACCCAUCCCUUCCAGAGUGACCACUGCACCCAGCGCGGCAGGGGUGACACCCAGCGCCCCACCGGCAGAGGAGGACCCAGAGGAGGGGCUGUGUGCAGGGGGCGUGGCCAGUGAGGAGAUUCCCACAAAGAGUCACUCUCAGCAGGACCCCUCAGGACAGCCGGUCACCAUGUCCCCCAGCGCCUUCAGCCACGCACCCGGAGCAGCCCUGCCACCAAGCCACAGGCGGCCUGACUCCUCCGCCCCCUUGUUCUGUGUGUCCACCGGGGCCACCAUACCUUUCUUCACUGAGGGAGACGUGACUCCUGUGCCCACUUCGUGUUCUCUCAUCCUCCCUCCAGAGUAUAGCAGCUGGGACUAUCCUCAUGAGCCACCACCAACUUAUGAAGAAAGCUGCAGUAGCGCCAACUCUUCUUUCAACAGUAGACAGUGAAAAAGAAGCACCAUGGCCACACCCACUCACACCUGACUGAACUCGCCUCUCAACCAAUCAGGAUGGAGACACGCUGGGUUUAGGAGGAUGGACCAUAACUCCACCUCAGGACUUCCCAAAGACUGUUUCUUUGUCCUCUAAUAAGUGAAAAAGGGAUCCUAUCUUAUAUUGAGUAUAAGUUUGAGUUUCACCUCGUGUCCCAAUGCUGUGUCAGACAGAGAGGCUGAACAUCACUGUGCCUAAAGGAUGUGUGUUGGAUCAUCGUAGAGCAUUUACAACUCUCAGAGUGGGUUUGUUUUUUUCAUGGGGCAGGUUUAAAUCUGUUCACCUUUGUUUCCUUUUUCUGUGACUUUUUGCAUCUGGGAUGCCUUGAAAAAGAUUUUGGCCUCCUGAAGGCUCCUGUUUGAGGAGAUCAGACAUUCAGCCUUUUUUUGCAGUCCGAUUGUGCACUUGUUAUUGUGUCCACUUCUGUCUGCUUGUGUCUCUCACCGUCAGCAGGGCAGAGCUGUUGUCACGCUGGAUAUUUUAAGGAGAUUGGCUGAAGUUGUGAUUAACAACAGGUUACCCCCCCCCCCCCCCGUGUGCAGGAUUUCUCUGUAGUAUAUUAAUAAUAUAAUAUAUAAUAUAUAACAUAAUAUAAUAUUGUAAUGACCUUCAAAAAAAGUCUCUAAGUGAGCAUAAUUAAACAGACAAGUCAUUAAAUCACAAAGCUUAAAAUGAGCAAGGUUUGGGGAAAAACUAGGAAAGACAAUCAUUCAAAAAAGUUUACAAGUUUUAAGAAGAAUAAGUUAAAAAUAAAGCAGGACUUUGUCCACAGAUACAUUUACUUUAAGAAUAAUUUAGAAUGGAUCACCGAUGCUUUAUUUUUAAGAAAAUGUGACAAUGCCUUUGAAAAUAAUCUGCAUACACUGUAGGCUAGUAGCAUGCUUUCCUGCUAGCGUCUUUUAAUUCUACCAGUCAGAAAUAAUAUGAUCCUACACACAGGGGCUUUAAAGACAAAUAAUAUCAGAGCAAUACCUCUCAGUUGUGUAAUGCAAGUAGCUUUUAAAACAGUAAUUUAAUAUAUAAAAAAAUAUUCUUUCAAUGUUGAGAACAUUUAAACUAUCUUAGAUAAGUUACAUAUCAUCUCUGCACCACCUCCCAUUUCUGGCUCAUACAGCUGAGAGGUUUUUGCUUUGACAGGUUUGGUAUUCAGAGGACGGUGUGACUGCAGAUGAGGCUCAUUAUCCUGCAGCUGCACAUGAGGACUGCAGCGCUGACGCCCCCUGGUGGUCAUCGCUGGUACAGGUUUGCUCUCCACUUGUCUGAAGCUGGAGCUCACUAAACUACUUUACUGAGUCUGUGCUUCUGAGAUGCACGGACUGAGGUCUGCUGUAUGUUCAUACAUCGCAUUUUCUCACAACGGACAAAUUGAGAUCUGAGAUGAGUGUUUUCUAGUCUCAGUCUGAAUGAGAUUGUUUUUCUCCUGUUUGUUGCCUUAACCUUCUUUGAGUGUAACAUUAGUGAGAUGAGAAUCCUCUGACUUUUCAGUCAGUGCAGAUGAUAAACAUACAUUUGCACAAUGCAGCACUUUUAACCAUUUGAGUGCAUGGGUUUCUUUGUGCACGUGUAUAAUACGUGUGUGUGUGUGUGUGUGUGUGUGUGUGUGUGUGUGUGUGUGUGUGUGUGUGUGUGUGUGUGUGUGUGUGUGUGUGUGUGUGUGUGUGUGUGUGUGUGUGUGUGUGUGUGUGUGUGGGGUACGUAGAUAAUCAUCUGCUCACUGGUUGUUCAUUUGAUGCUUACAUGAUAUGCAGGCGUGCUCAAUGAAUGUUUCACAUCUUCAUGAUCUGUGUUCUGCUUUGUUCUGAAUGCUUCCUGAACUAAUAUUUGGUGUCCCUUUGGAAUGAGGCCACACACCAUGUAACCCUAUUUAUCCCUCUAAGUGUCCCUGUGCUUCAUCUCAGCCUACUCCUUCCUCUGCUCUUUGUUUUGCUUUGUUCCCUCAGUGAAAAAUGAUCGGGCCACAACAACAGCUGAUGACUCAAAUCCUGGUAACUGAGCUCUGCUUGUGUAAGAAUUGAUUUUAGUACUUCCCCGUAGAGCUUAUUAAAAAAACAACAACAACAACAAUGACAUUACCCAAAGCUCCAUCUCCUAGAUCACGAGCAACAUCAGCAGGAUGAUCCACAGCUCUUUUUAAUCCUAAUUCUUCCCCCGUCCCUUGUCAAGCUUCAUUAUUUUACCAAUACAGUAGAGGUUAUAUAAAAGGCAGGGUUGGUCAUUUUCAAAACUAGCAUGAUUUUGAAAGUAGCAUUCCCUCUGUGCUCCCUCAAAAGCCACGCCCCUCCCUCUGAGUGUGGGCUAGUGCACGCAAAGGGUAGAGUACAAGCAGGGAGACAGGGAGGCGUCUGAUUGGUUCAUCAGAUUGGUACCUCAUGGCAGACAUUGGUCAAAGUUUUUACAAAGUUUGUGUGUGUGUGUGUGUGUGUGUGUGUGUGUGUGUGUGUGUGUCUUUAAAAAGAGCUAAUUAGGACAAAAUGUUGAGUUCCCUGCGUUCUGUUUUUACUCAAAUUCCAUUGUUAUUUUAAUCAGCAUAUGUGAUAAAUUAGCUUUGGGACAUUUGUGAACAGGUGCAUGGUGAUCAUAUUUUGAUCAGAUGUUACAUUAUUCCCACAUUUAUUUUAUCAUCCUUAAACUGCAAAACUCACAAAAUUAAGCAUUGAAGUUUUUGUUUUAUACACAAAUGAAGAGUUUGUAUCAUGAGGUUUAUAAAAGUUUUUUUUUUUUUUUUUUUAAAGUUCAUGGCUUUGAAAAUUAGUUUGGGAUGAGUUUGAAAGUUUUAUACCUAAUUUUGCAAACAUUUGUCAUCUGGUGUCGUAUUCUAGUGACAGAAAAUAUCUUUGUUUAUAUUAAAUUAUGUGAACCACAUCACCCAGUUCUGCUGCAUGUGUUGUGAAAGCAGCAGCACAAACUCAUUAUCUCUCUUCUAUGGGGAACUAAUGCCACUGGGAAUCCUGAGCACAACUGCUGUAUUUGAAGUUUGUAUGACUACUGAUAAUGUUGGUCCUAUUUUACCACAACCCAUUCUGUGAAUUAAAAAAAAAGCAUUGCUGGUGUCGGCUUCUGACUCUCAAUCACGUUUGUAUGUUUUACCCAGAAUGUGUUUGUUUUUCUUCUGUUUUUACAGAGAAACUGAUUUUACUGUUGACAUUCACUCAAACUACCAUACUCUGACUCGACAUGAUUGUGAAUGCAUGCCUUAAACCAUCUGAAAUCCUGCAACGGCAUUCAGGAGCCUGUGAUGGACUUCAUUCUGAUCCACUGGGGAUGAUGUCAGGAUGUGCAUGUGCUGACCUUCCUAAUUUCGUCUCCUGUGGAUAACGCAAAUGUAGCUUCUAAAAACAGAGAGAACGCUGGACCUUAGACCUGUUGAACUUUUUUUUGUAGAAAAUAUGUGCAAUUCCUCUCGUUUCCAAGAACCCUGCAGCAGCUCCUUAAAGUCAUCUCACUCUGCCUUUGUUGCAUCCAGUUCUGUUGAAUUCUCUCCACCUAAAGGUACUAUAGCUUUAUGAAGCCUCACUUGUUCUGUGUCAUGUCGUCAUUCUUUCUCCCUCACACAUUGAUGAGUGGUGUCUGGUUUUGUAUUUUUGUACUUGUAAACCGUUUAUAGGUGCAGUAUGCAGAUACUAAUAGAAGCACCUCAAUCAGUAAAUGUAAUAUUUCAACUUACAUUCCAAAUUUAAAGUUUUACUGUACAGUAUAACAAUAAAAGUAUAUGACAUG